AAUGCUCUUCAGUCUUUAAAUCCCCAGAAUGUUCCUCUCACAAGCUUUGCUAGUCGAACUGAUAAAGGUGUUCAUGCUCUUGUGAAUACUUUUCAUGCAGAGUUAGUCCAUAGCAUUUCUGGAGAAGUUUUCCAACCACAUUUCAUUACAAGACGUUUAAAUUCGUACUUGAAAGACAACAAUCAUGAAAUUUUGGUAGCUAAGACUUGUGUAGUACCUGACACUUUUCAUGCUAGGCAUGAUGCAAAAUGGAGGAGCUAUAUAUAUCGCUUAGCUGUUUUAAAGCCAGAAAUUAAUGCUAAAUUUUCACUCAAUGGAUCAUAUGAAGAAUAUUUGCCUGUUUCUGAAGUAAACAGGUGUCAUGUAGUUCCAUCUGAAUUAAAUACAAAUGUUGUUCAAGAUGUAACAAGUCUGUUUUGUGGAGCACACAAUUUUACUACAUUUACUAAACGCACCAAGCAAGAGCCUUGGAGAGAUACUAACAGAGUAAUUGAUGAAUGUAAAUUUUAUGAGUCAUCAAAUCACAGAUUAUUAGAUGAUGUUCGGUAUUCUAAUAUUCAUAUGUGGGAAUUUUACAUAAAAUCAAGAGCUUUUUUAUAUCAUCAGAUUAGGAAGUUAGUUGGUACGGCCUUAUCAGCUGGUUUUGGAUUACUGUCCGUAUCUGAUGUUGAAUUCAUGUUAAAAAAACCUAAUCCCAAUGGAUGGAGAAAAAGUAAAUUGGUUCCUUCCUGUGGUUUGUACCUCUCAAAUGUGGCAUACAACAGAGAAGGCUACCUUUCUAAUCAGCAUAGUGAAUUGGCAUUGCUGGCUGUUGUAUUGUGGAUCCAAGUUCAUAUCUCAGAGAAAGCUUGGAUGUUUUUAAAUGUACAUUGUCUUUGCGGCAUGGGGGCACUUAAAAUACACAGCUAGCCAAAAGUUCUCUUGUAUGGCUUUGUGGUAGAGAAAGAAGGGUAAAAAGUCUCGAACCCAUCUCCUGGGGAAAUUCUCUUUCGAAACUGGGCAAAAUUAUACCGUCAUUUAUAAGGUGUCCAGUGACAGAUGUAAUUCUGUGCUUCUUGCCAUGAUUAAAAGUUGUGGACUUGUUCUACUGUUACUGUCAGCCAAGUAAGUCAUAACAGAAUGUUUUGGGAUAUAUAUUGUCUUUAACUGCAUUGAUCAUCAAAAUUAAAGGAUAAUGACAGAAAUAAAGCAUAACUGAUGAAAAAUUAUUAAUAGAAAUUUGUAUGAAAGUAUUAGUUGACAUAAAUUACACAAUGUUUGCCAGUUGAUUUCACAAAAUAUUGAAAUCAAAACUAAAUUUAUGAAAAUUGGAAAAUGAUGGAAAAAUUAAGUCACCUCUUGUAGAAAAUAUUUUUGUUUAAUAUGGUAUAUGGUCAUCUCAGACAGAUAUGCAUACCUCACAUCUAGAUUUCAGAUACUUUCAUAGACCAAAGUGUUGAUCAAGUCUCAUGGAAUUGCACGUCACUCUUCUAAUAGUGCUCAUUUCAGCUGCAAGAUGGUCCAUGGUGGAAUUUGGAACCUUAAGGCAUCCUACACAUGCUCAGUCGGAUGAGUAAGGUAGCCAGUCCAUUCAAGUAAUAUCUUCUGUUUGCAGGUUUUCUGACACCACAUAUGGUCAAUGAGGCCGAGCAUUGUCAUCCAUUAGCAAAAACUCUAGGCCAGUAGCAUCCCUAAGCAGUCUAACCUAAGGUUCGAAUAUCUCAUCCACUUACCUACCAGCAGUUACAAAACAUCCAUGAAAGAUAUGCAGCUAUUUGCCUUGAUUCCUUUCCAAACCAUUAAAUUUCAGAAAUGGGAUAUUUCACAGACAAGCGAAGGCAUGUUGCAUGUUCCUUUCUCUUUCCAUAUCAAAAUAUGUCUACAAUCACUGCUCAGUUUAUAUCUGGACUUGUCAGUUAACAACACUUAGGUCCAAUUAUUUUGUCUUCAUUAAACCUGAUGAUGGUACCAAUUUAAACAGGACCCUCUGGAAGCUGGAGUGAGUGGGACACAAACCAUUGGUUUUCCUGCAUACAGUGCAACCACAUUAAGCCUUUGUUAAGCAGUGAAAUUGUUAAUUUGACUUCUUGUGGCAACCUAAAACCAAGUCUCUUGUAGUUGCUUCAUGGUUUCUUUAAGCUGAUAACAACAGGAAACAGUCUUCUGAUGCAGUUGUUGCUCUUGGUUGCCCUUGACCAGGCUGUUUAUCAACUGAUCUAGUGCUUAAAAAGCCACACCAAACUUCUGAUAUGACGCUUUGAGGGAUAUUCAAAUCUUGGCCGACCUCCAUUUGUGUUGGACCUCGAUUCUACCAAUUAUUCACCACUUUUGACCUUCACUCAAGUGAUCACUCUCAGAAACCACAUUCAGUUGAAAAGAAUUCCAAUAUGUGUCCAUUGUGCACCACAUUGUCAAUCACUGAAUUCGCAUAUGUCUGCCUGUAACAUAUUAGCAGAAGUGCAAUUUCAGAUUCAAUUGUAUUUAAUUAACAUAAAUAAUUACAGCAUUGGAUACUGGUUGGAACAUUAACUUAGUGAGCAUAUUUUUUCUCAUUAUCCUUUAAUUUUGAUGACCAAUGUAUAUUUUCCUUUUGAUGACAUUCAUUUCAUUUUCAUGACAUAAAUGUACGGUUUUGACAGAUUUUGCAUGUCAUUCUGCAUUAGAAGAGAAAGAGGAAGAAACUUUUCUUUAAUUGUAAGAAUAUGCAUUUUUAUUCAUAUUUUGUAGAUGUAAAUAAAAUCUGUA